AUGGACCCAAACCAAGUACGUCGUAGAAGGAGAAACGCAGCUAUCAACUUGCUCGUAGAGUACUACAACACAUACAUCGACCGUUCCCCCUGUUACACAUCAUCACAAUUUGGAGACAAAUGGGUAGCAGAAAUGCUUGGCGGGCAUCCCACAAGAUUUCACAACAUGUUCCGCAUGACACAAGAAGUUUUUACAGAUCUUUUAGCAGAACUAGUGGGCUCUCAUGGCCUCCAUGGGUCUAUGAGAAUGACUGACCGUGAGGUGUUGGCGAUUACUCUUUAUAUAUUAUCACAGAACGAGUCAAUGCGCGGUGCGAUGGAACGAUUCCAGCACUCAUCAGAGACGAUUAGCAGGUACUUCUCAGUGGGUUUGAGUGCUUUGGAGAGCCUCGCAAAACAAGUCAUAAAGCCACUAGAUCCAACGUUUUCACGAACGCCUGCAGAGAUUCGUCAAGAUCGACGCUACAUGCCAUUCUUUAAGGAUUGCAUCGGUGCGAUAGAUGGAACACAUGUUGAUGCACGUGUUUCAAAUGAAGAGAAAGUUGCAUUUAUCGGACGUAGUGGAUCCACAACACAAAAUGUCAUGGCAGUUUGCGACUUUAAUAUGUGUUUCACAUUUAUCAUGCCUGGUUGGGAGGGUAGUGCCCAUGAUAGUAGGAUUUUCAAGAGUGCAACACGGAAUCCUCAUUAUAGCUUUCCCCAUCCUCCUCAAGGAAAGUAUUAUUUGGUGGAUGCCGGUUAUCCGUUGCAGCGAGGGUAUCUCAAACCAUAUCCUGAUACGAGAUAUCAUAUACCUGAUUUUGAACGAGCAAGUAAUGUUACAAGAAACAGAAAUGAGGUGUUCAAUAAAAGACAUUCUUCUUUGCGAGGCGUCAUUGAGCGGACAUUUGGUAUCUGGAAGAAGAAAUGGGUGAUCUUACGUGAUAUGCCUCCUUACCCGAGGCGAUACCCGUCGCGACAUGACGUUGAUUUCCUCAAUGCUGAAGCAAAUCAACGGGAACCAGUUGAAGACCCCUCUGACAACCAAAUGAGUAGUUCUAUGUUACGAGAUGACAACGAACAAUUAACAAUUUGCAAUAAGGAAGAAGAAGGUGCAACUGAAAUGACGGCCAUUCGAGAACAAAUUACUAAUGCGUUAGUUAAUAUGUGA